GUUGAAACAAUCACAAAUUCAGGAAUGAGAGCGGAAAGUUAACCCAGAUGUCUUCAUGCGUGCCGUUUUACUCUUUUUAUUCUACCUUUUUCAAUUUUCUAGCACCUUCAUUAUUCGAUCUUUUGUACCUUCAAAUGCAAAGUGCAACUCAACGGUUGCAGUGAGCUGUUUUGCAGAGCUAUUUGGCAUGAUAUCCGAAGUGUGUCAACAACGUGAGAUCUCUUUCCGGUGUGUCCAUUACACGUUCCUGGACGAAUGCUUCGAAGCAAGGGUAGGGAAGUGUGAUGCGGGGUCAGUGGCAAGAGUUGGAGCAUUAGGGUAUAAACAGGCACUAAGUAGUUGCCAUUCAUCGAAGAAACAAAAAGCCGAAGGGACUCUUCCUAUCCUCGGGGCCCCGGCUCAAAACUUUCCGUCUCCGGUUCAGUUAAUAUCUGCACUCGGCUAUCUACAGACACAGUGCUCAUUGAGCCGGAGUAAAAACUGUUCCAGUGACCAUGUGCACAAUAUUAUGGCUCAAUGUGAAGAGCAAAUGAAGCCAUUGGCCGGUUACCCACAGUACGAUCGGCAUAGGUUAUUAAGAAUUAAAAUGGACACCUCAAAAAAGCUUUUGAUGUACGACGAAACGGACAAAGAACGAGAGUGCCUGGUUGUUAGAUCUACACUCUCCGAAAUGUACUCACUCCAUCACGCUAAUUGCUACCAUUCCCUCGUUACACGAUGCUUGUGCGAGCGUCUCCGAUUCGACGUGCAAUGUGGAAUCAAUUGCGAUCAACUCGAGCCGACGUCACCAGAUCAAGACACGCUGGCGUGGGAUGAAUGGAAGGAAGCAAGGUUGGUGCACAGUAACGUAUCGAAAACAAAACACAUUUCUACAGUACUUUCAAUUCUCUCUGCUCUUUCAUUAAUUUCUAUGCUUUUAUACUGACCAGUUUUUUUUUAAUGAAUUUGAUGGGUUUUCAGUUUUUCUUUGGUUUUUUAAAAUAUAAAUUUUGCAUUCAUUUUUAUCUAAUUUAAGAUGAGAUUUAUUAAAAUGUUACAUUGAUUUCAUUAAAUAUUUCACUCAAAAUUGAACACGAUCUAAAACCCCAUAUCUUUGCCAUCUUCUUAUCCUAUAUUGUCUUUUAAAAUAUGAUAUCGAUGAUUUGAUUUUGAAAUAAACUGUUUGAAGCUU